CUCGGCAUGCGCGACCACGCCUCCCCGUACAGCAGCAUGGCGGCGCCCGGGACGGCGGCAGGAGCGGCGACGGCUGCGCUGGUGCAGUACGUGGUGCUGCGGGGAGACUUGGCCCGCUCGUGGUCGCUGGGUGCGGUAGUGGCCCAGGGGUGCCACGCAGCGCUGGCCGCCGCGCACGCGCACUGGCAGCACCCCGACACCCGCGCCUACUUAUCGGAGGGCGGCGCCAUGCGCACCGUGGUGCUGGAGGCUCCGGAUGAAGCCGCUCUGACCGCACUGGCACAGACCCUGCAGCAGCACAGCAUUGACCACGAGGUAUGGACAGAGCAGCCUGAGAACAUCCCCAGCUGCCUGGCGCUCAGACCCUAUCCAAAGGACCAAGUGCACCCACACCUGAAGAAGUUCAAGUUGCUGAAGUGAUCCCUGAUUUCCUGCACGCCCUCCUCCUGUGCCACUGUUUCGCUUGCCUCUGGGUGGAAGCAUUGUGCUAAUGUCCGUCAGCCUUCUUGUGCAGUAGCAGUUAACAAGUGUAAGAUCUUUGCUGGAGAGGAUUAAAGAUUCUUUGCAAC